AUGUCUGCUAACGAUUACUACUCUGGCGGCGGCGGCGGCCACCAGCCAAACCAGUACGGUGGCCAGGGCUACGGACAGCAGGGCCACAACCUCCAGCAGGGCUACGCCCCUCCUUCGCACUCCCCCUACAACCAGGGCGGAUACAACCCACCUCCCCAGCAGAGCUACAACCAGUACGGCGGAAGCCCCGCUCCUUACCAGCAGCAACAGCAGCACCAGGGCUACGGCGGCCCCCAGCAGUACCCACCCCCGCAAAACCAGUACGCCCCUCAGCAAGGCCACCAGCAGCAGCAGUACGGCCACCCGCAACAGGGCGGCUCCUACGGCGGGGACGCGCCCCAAUAUGGCCAGCACGGAGGAGGCGCCCCGGGCCAGCACGGGCAGCAGGACGACCGCGGCCUGAUGGGCACUGUUCUGGGGGCCGGCGCGGCCGGCUAUGCUGCCCACUCGGCGGGAGGCGGCGGUCUCGCCUCGGUGGGAGCUGCGCUCGUUGGUGCGAUUGGCGGGAAUGCGCUGGAGAACAAGUUCGACAAGAAGAAGAAGGACAAGAAGGACAAAAAGCAUAAGAAGGAGAAGAAGCACGGCGGCCACAAGCGGAGGGGGAGCCAUAGCUCCUCGUCGAGCAGCGAUUCCGACUAG